AUGUUUCAAGGGUCAACAUUCUUGGUGGUCGUUUCAGACGCAUUCACUGACCAAGAAGUGAAUGAUGUUGAGUCGAUGCUUAAACAAAAUAAUGCUAAAGUUUUCAUAAAAGAAGAACACGAUAAUGACGUUAAUUACUUGGGGACAGAGGCCGUGUCGAACACGCCUAUAGAUCAUAUAAUAUGUAAAUCUGUUGAAUUUAUUGAAUACAAUUUGGCCCAGACUUCCAUGAUUCCUAUAACGACCCCCGAAUGGGUAUUUGACUCGGUAAGUCGAGCAAAGAUUUCCAAUCCUAAGGUGUAUAGUCCCGAUCCCAAGUUUUUUUUAAAGGACACAUUUGUGUGUGUUGCUGAUAAUUUACCGGUGGGAGAUAAGGAGGCUAUUUACGGGGGAGUGAGAGCAUUUGGUGGCCAAUAUUUGGAUGAUUUGACGAGAUAUACUACGCAUUUGAUUGCAAUGGAUAUGAAUAACGACAAGAGUGUGAUUGCAACGAGUGCAAUCAACACUACCCAAGAAAAUGGCGACAAAAUAGAUAUAAAGAUAGUUUUGCCCCAUUGGAUAGAUGAUUGCUUGAAAAUGGGGAAAAAAUUAGAUGAAGAGCCUUACAUGUUGCCGUCACCUUCUAUAUUGAAGGCUACACUGGGAGCUAUCGAUUCGCCUGUAAUAACAGAGGAUGAUAUUUUACCUAUUGAUUCAAGUAAGUCGAGCUUUUUGGACAAUAAGCUUUUCUAUAUUAGCCCAGACUAUAAAAUAUCCGACCGGUUAACCAGUGCCAUAGGCGCCCUAAUCAAGAAGCACGGUGGUAAAGUAACCACGCAAUUCAACUCUAAAACGGUUGAUAUCUACAUUGGCCAGUAUCGCGCAGGAGAUGCUUACAUUACGAGUUGCAAGUCAAAUCGUAUAAUAGUUGGUAAUUUGCAAUGGCUCUACUCAAUAAUAGUAUCAAACAGAUGGAAGCUACCAAUAAAUUCGAACUUACUUCAUUAUCCAAUCCCCCCAACUUCAUUACCUGACUUUCAAAAUUUGAAGAUUUCGGUUACUAACUAUAGUGGCGAUGCAAGAUUUUAUUUAUCGAAGUUGAUCACCAUAUUGGGUGGCACAUUUACCAAAACAUUGACUCGUGAUAAUGAUUUCUUAGUUGCUGCAAAACCAGAAGGUAAAAAAUAUGAAGCAGCUAAAGUGAAAUGGAUAUCAGAAGGUAACAACAACAUUAAGGUCGUUAAUCACCUAUGGUUAGAAGAAUGUUUUGCUAAUUGGAAAUUAUUGGAAUAUGAUAGACCACAGUAUCAAUUUUUAGGAAAUAAUGCAAACGGGGUAGAGAAGUUACUUUGCAAAACCAAGCUAAAGCAGAAUGUACUCGAGAAUUGGUAUAACCAAGAGAACCUUGCUAGCGAAAAAGAAAACGUAGCCGAUAGUAUGAGUGAAGAUGAAUCAACACAACCAAAGAAUCACCUAAAAUCUAAUACAAAGACCAACAACACUAAAAAAUCACCUCUGACUAAUGGCAGCGUAACAGAUGAAAAUAUAGAACAAGAAGAAAUACAAGAAGAGCAUGAUGAUGACAAAGAAGAGAAAAUCGAGGCAAACGAGGAUGAAACCACGGUGUCUACAAAAGAAAAAAUGAGGAAGUCAACUUUACCUUCAGAAAUAAGUAAAGUAAACAACGAAGUUGCACUCCCCGCAACUCCUAUUACAGGGAGAAGCGGAAGAUCUGCUAAACAAAAGGCAGUGAAUAAGUUGCACUCCGAUAUGAACGACCUAAAUGAUUAUCAGCAAAUGUCAAAGAGUUCUAGGAAGAUGAAAUCAUACAUGGAAGAACUCGAAAAGAGCUCAUCUGCCAAAAGAAAGGCAGAAGUUGAAAAUAAAGACACCAAUACUAUUGAGACACCUGUGAAGACCAAGAAACGUAAAACCGAAUCACCUAGAACAGAUACCGAUACUAAGAUAGUGGCAAUAAUAACAGGGUGCGAGAACGAAAUCACAUUGACGCGUCAAGAUACCCAACAUUUAAAUCAUAUUGGAGUCAAGGUAUUAUCAGAUUACUCGACAAAGCAAGGGAUCAACACUCUAAUUGCACCUAGGAUAUUACGGACAGCUAAGUUUUUACGUUCUCUUAGUCAGGUGGAUAAGAUUAUUCACCCCAAUUAUUUAAUAGACGUAUUGAAAAAGUUGAACUCAUCGCAGGAUGUCGAUGGAGACCAAAUAUCUAAAGAAUUUUCAAUUAACGACUACUCGCUAGAUAAAGUCAUACCCAUUAAGGCCAUUAACCAAGAACUUGGUGUUACCAAUGCUAAAGAAAAUGGUUUGGCUAAUUUAUUGAAUACUACUAACAGAGGCUUAAUCUUUCAGGAUUUGAAAAUUAACUUGUCUAGUAAUUUAGUUGGAGGUAUACAAGUGAUAUCGGAAAUCUUGGAAAGCCAUGGGCUUGCAGAGGCCAAGAGCAUUAAGUCUGUCACGGCAGCUAAUACAAAAAGCUUGCUUACGAAUGAUGACGGCAAAACAAUUAUGGUAGCUCACAAAUCGAAAGAUGCUAAAUUAAUCACUAGCUUCAAGAAGAACGUACAAAAUGGUGUAAUUGUUGAAUGGGAUUGGUGUGUCAAGUCUAUUUUUAAGAUGAAGCUCGAGGAAUUCGACUCGUAUCAACUUUAA